AUGUUGAGUCAGCCAGUCAGUCAGUCAGUGAACAACAUGGCCAAUCAUCGAUUCGUUCCAUCUGUCAUCUACGCCGUGAAUUUCACCACGCCAGGCUCCGGCUGGCCAUUGGGCCAGGUGCACGAGAUGGAGCACAGCGACGAGUGCAUCUUCCAGAGGAGAACGCCCUCGCUGGCGAUUUUCGUGCUCUACGGACUGGCCGUUCCCACCCUGGCGGCCUUUGGCCUCUGCACGAACUUCAUCAACGCCGUUGUCUUCAUGCGACCCAAGAUGACCCCGUCGGCCUUCAGUUACCUGGCCGCCCUCUCCUGGAUGGACUGCAUCUCCUGCCUGCUCAUCACAUUGACCGCCCUGUCCAGGAGUUAUUUCUACAACAGUCCCGCCUGGAUUUCCUACGACUACCAGUGGCAAACCCCGUUCUUUGGCAUCAGCACGGGAGCAGCCAAUCUCAUCCUGGCCUGCCUGAGCGUGGACCGGUUCACCUUCCUUUCCAGUUUCAAGAGGACCAACGGUGCUCCCAGAUUUUGCCGCCGCAAGGUGGCUCGCUGCAUGAUCGCGGUGGCAAUAGGCACCUCCGUCGUGGUAAAUAUGCCGUACUUCUUCGUCUUCUAUGUCAGCUCCACGGGAACGUGUCACGUCACCGCUUUCUACUACUCAACUUUUUAUAAAGUGCAAAACUGGUUCACCUUUGCCCUGUUGGCUCUUUUGCCCGCCAUCUUCCUGCUCAUUGGCAACACGGCCAUCAUAUUAGCCUUUCGGAAAUGGACAAAGCAGAGCCGACGGUGUCAGGCCACCGAAACCACUGCCAAUAGCCGCACCACCGCCAAGAGAUAUCAGCACCAAAUGAAGCUAACCAUCAGCAUAGUGAUUGUGAUUACAUUGUACUUGGUUGGCGAACUGCCUGCGCACAUGACUUCAAGAAAGAGCUCCCUAAACCUUAUUUUCGGAGGGGAUACCAACAAGGUUGAUGAGUCCUUCAUGGAGGAGCUGGAGGUGAUCUGCAUUACGCUAAAUGCCUUACAAUUAUCCCUGAAUAUAGUAGUCUAUGCCGUGAUCAACCCGUCGUUCAUGCCGGAGUUCUUCCUGUGCCUGAAGGGAACUUCUGAUGUGUGCUUUGGAUUGUGUUGUUUCCGAGCUGUGCGAAGGCUUUGGCGACGCUGCCAGACCCAAAGAAAACAAAAGGCUACGGCGGAGGAGCAGGUGGUCAGUAGCGUGACUUUACCGCAACUCCCACCGGAUGAGCCUAUGCCGUGUGGCUGCGAGAGCUGGGCCAGUGACUCCGGCUGCAAGAUCAACGCCCACUGCAAAACGGCAGUGGGCACAUUUACCAUGAAGGAUUCCGAUCACGACGAGGUGGUGCAUUGCUGCCAUGAGCCAGAGAUUUUCACCACCAGAUCCAGUGCCUGCCUGCACUCAAAAGACUCUGCUCCCGACGAGGAAUCUAUAUUUAGUUCCAGCUUUAUUAUAAUUACCUAG